GCCACGAAAAGCUCAGUCGCCCGCGAGCUGUGCUCGAGUGCACAUCUCGGAUUUUCUGUGUGAGUGCCACGCGUGUCUCGUCUCGACAUGUGACUCCUCCGUGACUCGUCCGUGAGACUACCUGACAUCUUCUUCUCUUUCCUCAUUUUCUUUUUCCUUUUCUUUCUUCCUCGUGCAUUUUUGCUUCUUUUCCUUUCCUCACGACGACGUGCGGUGGUGAGAUGAGGUGAACGCGCGCAUCUUUUACACAAGGAUUCAAGAGAAGGGUGCUUCGCGCAUCGAAAAAUGUAUCGCUUGACGAUGCUGCUGAUAACAACGAUCGCGACGAUUCUCGCGCCGGCCGUCGCGAAUCCCUUUCUUGAUGCAGCGCAAGAGAUGUCCUGCUGCUCGCUGGCUGCUGGCUCCUGCCGGAGUGUUUGCUCCAAGAUAUCCUUGGUAGUCUUGGGUGCCGAGAUCGAAGCGAGGGAAAAUGCUACUCAACGUCUACUGGAGUUUUGUUCCGUGGAAUUGGUAAAUUUUUGGUCAUGUGUGAACACGACGUUAAAUGAUCUUAAACGGAAUGAAAAUUGGAUGGGUCGGGGAUGUUGCCGUCUCGCUCAGAAUCCAACAUGUCGCACAACUUGUGCCCUAUCUGGUUCCAAAAAUGAUCUGAGCGAGUCCUGCCGACCAAGUGACGAACCUGAGUUUUUCUUCUGUCUGGAAAAGCGUGAGGAGGUCGAACGAUGCUGCGACAAUGUUUCCAAUGAUACAUGCAGAACUAUCUGCAAGGACAUCUUUUAUAAGCCCAGCAACUUGAAGUCUACUCAGUCUAAUUUGAAGCUAUACAGCAGCAAAGGUUGCUUUCAUCAGAUUCCCAACUGCCUGAAGAACGUAGCCGAAGUGAAACACGCCGAGGAUCCGAAACAACAUUUGCAUUGUUGCGAGGAAGCCACGACUCCUGUAUGCCGGGAUGCGUGUCGUAAAACUCUUCACUCUGCGACAACCGACCAGGAAAUUAUGGACGGCCUGGCGGAGAACUGUAGCCCCGUGUUACCUCAAUCGCCGAUGUGGAGUUGCCUGCUGAAAUCGGGCUCGAGCAAGCCGGCGCGUUUACCUUUGGAUGCUGGUAAAUUGGCGUGCUGUACAAAAGCGACGAGGCCGUUCUGUCAGAAUUUGUGCUGGCGAGCCUUUCAAGCAGACUGGGAAAUCGCCUGGCUACAAUUAGAUGCACUGUGCCUCUCGUCCAAUUCAGAGGGUGAAUUAAGAAGAUGUCUCGAAGACGCGGAUGACUCCUGUGAGAUGGGCUGUUCUGGAUUAUCUUAUUGUGCGCGGUUUAAUGAUAGACCUACGACUUUGUUCAGAACGUGCACGACGGCGGCUGACAACGCGGCCAAGUGGGAAGCUGACCAUUGGUCCAGAGGAAGCAUUAUUCGCGGAUUAGGUGUACCUGUGCGUGCUGCCGCUUCUUGUCCAGCGGAGACUCUGCGUGCGGCAGCCUGUCUUUUGCAGUUGCGGCCUUGCGAAACCAGAGUUCACGAGACGCGGCUUUGCCGCGAAGAUUGUUUGGAACUGAUGGCGAGCUGCGUGGACUGGAGCGCGAUCACCGGACCUCAUACAGCGGCUACCUUGUGCGCCAAAUUAUCGCCAGGCAGGCCGGACGCGCCAUGUGUCUCGUUACGACCGUUCCUGGAUGAUCCGCAAGACGACGAGGCUGUGAUCCAUCCUGAUGAGGACAUCACGACGCCCUGCAAGCCGAAUCCUUGUCCGCAAGGCCAGCUCUGUAUGCUUCAACCGAACGGCGCCAAGAUCUAUCGUUGUGUGCCAGCUUGCUCCCUCGGCGAAAUGUCGAAGCAAUUGAUUCCAGUCGGAUCUUGGAUCCAGAUUCCGCGAUUUGAUCAGCAGGGUUGUCUGAAGAUAUGCCAAUGCACGACGCACGGCCUGGAGAAAUGCCGUACGCUCAACUGCUUCGAUUUCAAAUCUUGCUGGGUGCACGAUCGGUUUAUCCAGCAUAAAGCCAACUUCUACCUCGAGUGCAAUCCCUGCCAUUGCUUCGAGGGCGAGUUCACGUGCUCUAAGAGAAGCUGCGGCGAACCGCGCGCAUCUUUGCCCUGUGAUUGUCCAGCACAUUACGUUCCAGUCUGCGGCAGACUGGGCUUCACCUUCGCAUCGGCUUGCCUGGCAAAAUGCGCCGAGCUGUCAGCCACCGAGGUAGAUUUUGGCAGUUGCUCCAGCAGAAAUCCUUGUAUACCCAAUCCCUGUGACAGUUCGGAAAGAUGCGUCCGCAGACCUAGGAUCUGCCUGUCGGGUUUACACAAACCGUGCCAGCAGUACGAGUGCGUGGCAAUAGAUUGCAAUCCACGCGAUGAGUCCAGCGGACCCGUUUGCGAUCGAGAGAAUCGCCAAUAUCCCUCCGUGUGUGCGAUGAUUCGAGCUGAAGCUACCAUGAAUUACAGAGGGCCUUGUUUGAAAGGAUGCAGCCUUCGGGGCCCAGUGUGCGGUAUCAACGGCGAGGUCUACACUAACGAAUGUGCGGCUUGGGCCGAGGGAGUCAGCGUGGAUUAUUCAGGUCCUUGCGUUGCCGUCGGUCUCAUAGGAGACCAGGCGAAACCUCGUUGCGGUGACGCCGUGCAAUGUCCUGCUUUGGUGGAGCCGUAUUGUAUCGGGGACCCACCCGGUGCUUGUUGUCCUGUUUGUGGAGGAGCAGCGAAAUUGUUCUAUUCGAAAAAACAGCUGGAAAGGAUUUAUUACACGAUGAACGAAGAAGCUGAUAAAGAUUCAGUCACCCUGGAAGCUCUUCUAAUCGCUCUGGGUCGUCAGCUGCAAGUAGCGCAAUGUGUUGUUCGUGGUAUGAUGACGCCCGAUCGCGACAUCUUCAUCAUCGUACAACCUACGACCAAGAAGGUAUCAGCAUUGCAACUGCGAGCUUGCGUAACAGAAACGGAGAAACUCGUCACCAGGAUUUCAGAGAGGAGUCCUCGAAUCGCGGCAGAAGUACCUCUCGGUUCAUUGACCAGAGCUGAAAUAGCUCACGGUUACGUUUCUAGUGCCAUGAACAUUCGGGCUUGGCUCGCGAUGAUUGUUAUUACCAUCUUUUCGCUAAAUGUUUUAUCUUGAAUUACGAUCAUGCCAAAAGGAAAAUGAGAUACAUCGCUUAUCCUGUCCGAAAUAUUUAAUGAUGCAUUUCAAUCGCGUGAACUGAAUCCGAGAUUUAGGAAUAGUUGCAGCUAUGAACGAUUAAUCUUAUUUUCUACUGCGUCCUUAGUGCUGAAAGCAUUUAUUUACCUAAUCGCGAUGUCAUUCGCGGCGACGAAUGUCUACAGCGUGUCUCGUGUCUGUGAUUCUUCUAGUGCCUUCUAAUAGCGUACAGCAGAAUGUAUUUUUAGUUAUCAAUUAAUACUACCAAAGAGGAAAAAAUAUAUAUCGAGAGUGGAUGUACAAAAAAAUAUAGGAUUUUCUGCGCGCGUAAUUCAUAAUUUCGUUGCGGACAAUCGAAAACUGCUCAUUAUAAGUUGUAAAUAAAAAGACUCCGUAAACUUAAGUUAUAUAUUAGUCCGCGUACUGAUCGACAUUAGCAUUAUCGUGUGUUCACAUAUGUGAUUUUUAUGCAAAGACUCAAGUAAAUUUUAUUCUUUCGAAUUAUGUUAUUAAUUUUUUAUCGAUAAAGAAAAACAGGAUUUUGUUAAUAAUAUAACUUCCAUAAAUGAUUUUUCUGGCAUAUGCUGAGUGCUCAGUCAAAUUUUCAUUUUGUAUCAUGUAUAGAUAAAUUAAGAUAAUAGAUAUCGUUAAGAGGACAAUGUGGAUGAUCGCAUUUUAUUUAUAAAUCUGCAAAAAAAAA